CAGAGGGAGGUACAGAGGACAAAGAGGAAGCGGCCAGAAGGGGAAGCAGCAGGCUGCAGAGAGGAGGCAGGUGGGAGGUGAUCGCGGUAAUGGCCUGCAAGCUGAGGGCCUGUGUCUGUGGUGAAGCCAAGAUGAACACCAAGGCAGGACCCUUGGAGCUGCAGGUGCGGGGGACGCUGGUGCUGCUGUGCCUGGGUGCCGUGACCCUCACCUGCCUCCUGGGACUGGGACCCUCCCCUUCUGCCUGGAGCCAGGGCUGCCUAGAGGAAGGGCCCGCCAGGCCUGGGGGCCUUGGCUCCCGUGUGGACUGGGAUCCUCGAGGAGGGGAGGCCCGGCGGCGGCAUCGGCAAAAGGACUCCUGCCGGCUCGUCCUCGUGGAGAGCAUUCCCCAGGACCUGCGAUCUGCAGCAGGCAGCCCGGCCGCCCAGCCCCUGGCCCAGGCCUGGAUGCAGCUGCUGGACGCCGCCCGAGAGAGCGUCCACGUGGCCUCCUUCUACUGGUCCCUCACGGGGCCCGACAUCGGGGUCAACGACUCGUCUUCCCAGCCGGGCGAGGCCCUCCUGCAAAAGCUGCAGCAGCUGCUGGACAGAAACGUGUCCCUGGCCGUGGCCACCAGCACCCCAACUCCGGCCAAGAACUCCACUGACCUGCAGGUCCUGGAAAGCCGAGGCGCCCAGGUGAGACACGUGCCCAUGGGAAGGCUCACUGGCGGCGUUUUGCACUCCAAGUUCUGGGUGGUGGAUGGACGGCACGUCUACGUGGGCAGUGCCAACAUGGACUGGCGGUCCCUGACACAGGUGAAGGAGCUCGGUGCCGUCAUCUACAACUGCAGCCGCCUGGCCCAGGACCUGGAGAAGACCUUCCAGACCUACUGGGUGCUGGGGACACCCAGGGCCGUCCUCCCCAAGCCCUGGCCUCAGAACUUCUCCUCUCACAUCAACCGCUUCCAGCCGCUCCGGGAUCACUUUGACGGGGUGCCCACCACUGUCUACUUCUCGACACCCCGCCAGCUACUGGCCAGUGCUGGACACGGCGCUGCGGGUGGCGGCCUUCAGCAGGGGGGUACGCGUGCGCCUUCUGGUCAGCUGCUGGCUCAACACGGACCCCAGGAUGUUCCCCUUCCUGCGGUCCCUGCAGGCACUCAGCAACCCAGCGGCCAACGUGUCCAUGGACGUGAAAGUCUUCAUCGUGCCCGUGGGGAACCACUCCAACAUCCCCUUCAGCAGGGUGAACCACAGCAAGUUCAUGGUUACGGAGAAGGCGGCCUACAUAGGCACGUCCAACUGGUCAGAAGAUUACUUCAGCAGCACCUCGGGUGUGGGCCUGGUGGUCAGCCAGAGGGCCUCUGGCGCCCAGCCGGGGGUGAGCACCGUGCAGGAGCAGCUGCGGCAGCUCUUCGAGCGAGACUGGAGCUCCCGCUACGCCGUGGGCCUGGACGGACAGGCCCCGGGCCAGGACUGUGUUUGGCAGGGCUGAGGUUCGGCCCUUCCUGGCAGCGGGGUCCUGGCAGCGGGCUGGAGCCUCCUUGCCUUGCCUGGCCCCCAGCCUGGACUCCAAGCAGCUUCACUCGCACAAGCCCUGGUCAGGGGCGGGACUGCCUACCGCAGGGCGGACACAAACCACUUGCUCUCCAAAUCUAGCCCCUUUGAACCCCCCGCCUGUUCCAGGGAGCUGUCCGGGAUGCCCCUCCCUGACUCCCACAGAGCCACCAUUCCUGUCCACAAGUGGGGCCUCUAGAAAACGCAUGUGCCUCUG